AUGGGCGACGUCCUUGUCGACAAUCCGGUCCAUUCUAUCCCACCGCACAAGAAACCACUCAUUUCAGACUCUAUUCCCGACAUCGAUUCUCCAGAAGGGACUGGAGCCGACAGCAACGAUGAAUACUCCACAUUGAAGAGAUUGCAGAGGCACUUGGAGUACAUCAAGUUGCAGGAAGAGUACAUCAAAGAUGAGCAGAGAUCCUUGAAGCGAGAACUGGUGCGGGCGCAAGAAGAGAUCAAGCGGAUACAGAGCGUGCCUUUGGUCAUCGGCCAGUUCAUGGAAGCUAUCGAUCAAAACACCGGGAUCGUCCAGUCAUCCACAGGAUCCAACUAUGUUGUCCGUAUCCUCUCUACACUUGAUCGCGAGAAGCUCAAGCCUUCAUCCUCGGUGGCCCUGCAUCGCCACUCGAACUCUCUUGUCGACAUUCUCCCUCCGGAAGCGGAUUCGUCUAUUGCAAUGCUUGGGGCAGACGAAAAGCCAGAUGUUUCGUACGCAGAUGUCGGUGGUCUGGAUAUGCAAAAGCAGGAAAUUCGGGAAGCGGUGGAACUGCCAUUGACACAUUUCGAUCUGUACAAGCAAAUUGGUAUUGAUCCACCACGAGGCGUUCUGCUCUACGGACCGCCCGGCACAGGAAAGACUAUGUUGGUCAAGGCCGUGGCCAACAGCACCACUGCAAACUUCAUCCGGGUGGUUGGCUCGGAGUUUGUACAGAAGUACCUGGGUGAAGGGCCCCGAAUGGUCCGAGACGUCUUCCGGAUGGCUCGUGAGAACUCCCCCGCGAUCAUCUUCAUCGAUGAGAUUGAUGCGAUUGCCACCAAGCGAUUCGAUGCACAGACCGGGGCGGAUCGAGAAGUUCAACGGAUCUUGUUGGAGCUGCUCAAUCAGAUGGAUGGCUUUGACCAGACCAGUAACGUCAAGGUGAUCAUGGCAACCAACCGCGCGGACACCCUGGACCCAGCUCUUCUUCGACCGGGACGUCUGGACCGGAAGAUUGAAUUCCCCUCGCUACGGGAUCGCCGAGAACGUCGAUUAAUCUUCAGCACCAUCGCCAGCAAAAUGUCUCUUUCGCCCGAGGUCGACCUCGACUCGUUGAUUGUCCGGAACGACCCGUUGUCUGGUGCCAUCAUUGCAGCGAUCAUGCAAGAAGCUGGACUGCGGGCAGUGCGCAAAAACCGAUACAACAUUAUCCAAGCAGAUUUGGAGGAUGCCUACUCGAGUCAAGUCAAGGGAGCACAGGAAGCGGACAAGUUUGAUUUCUACAAAUAG